ACGAUUCCUGGAAACCCUUCAAAGUUCCACGAUAUGUGGGGUAGGCGUUACGGAUCAUUUAGUGGACGUUUCUAAGCUUUUUCAGUGAUAAUUUUUGUUCGUUUUCUGCAUUAAAUUAACUUUCUGUGUGAUUUAUCGUGUUAAUUAUUCACCUGUGUUAUCAUCCAUUUGCCGGAAAAGGUGCGCAUAAUUGUUUUUCAUCGUUAACUGCGGAAGAAAUAAAAGAAAGGAAAAGCAACAAAGAGAGAGGGGAAAAAGAUGUCGACGGAAGAGGAGCCAAGACAGGAUGCCGAAGGCGAGGAGACGCCCGACGUGGACGCCAACUAUCAGGCACCACCGCAGAAGACAAUCGAGGAGAUUAUGGCCACGGAUCAGGAGGACGAGAGCCUGAGGAAGUACAAAGAGGCACUCCUUGGGGCAGCACAAGCUGAAAAGAUUAUCGUGGAUGCAAAUGAUAGUCGAAAGGUGAUUGUUAAGAAGCUAGCGCUGUGCGUAACUGGACGUGAUGAUAUGGAAUUGGACCUUACGGGAGAUAUUUCCAAAUUGAAGAAACAAACAUUCACCAUUAAGGAGGGUGUUCAGUAUCGCAUUCGUAUUGACUUUAUUGUUCAACGUGAAAUUGUGCAUGGGCUCAAGUAUGUUCAGAAGACCCUCCGGAUGGGAGUUCCAGUGGACAAAAUGACGCACAUGGUGGGCUCGUACCCCCCAAAAUUGGACCUCCAGAGCUACACGACACCCCCGGAGGAAGCCCCCUCGGGUAUGAUGGCACGAGGCUCGUACAGUGUAACAUCCCUCUUCACGGACGACGACAAAAAUGAACAUCUCAAAUGGGAUUGGAGUUUUGAAAUUAAGAAAGAUUGGAACUGAGCCCCUUUUUCUUUUUUGCUUUUUUCCCUACAAAUUUAUUAUUUUUUUGUACUAUGAAAAAUAUGAAAAUUUUCCAGAAUGUUUUGCAAGGAAAAAAAAACCUCUAAGGAUUUUUUUUAAAUAAAAGUAUUUUUUCUUCUUUAUCCGGUUUCAUUUUUUUAGGUUAUUCGCAAUAGCAAUGCAGAAAGAAUAAAUUUUUUAAAAACAAAAUUGUAAGAUAAAAAAAACUUUUGGCAAUUUGCAGAAGAAAUUUAAGAAAAAAGGAAGCUCAGUAGACUUAAAAAAAAAAUAAAGAAGAAACAUAAUCCCAGUUAAAAACGAGUUAAAAAAUGAGUUAGAAAAGUUUUGAGUUAAAAAAAGUUUUAAAAAAUGGAAAGAAGAUAAUUUACAGCGUGCCAUUUUCAUUUCAAAGGAUUUUCUUCUAAUUUCAAGAAAAAAUGGAUGAGUUAAAAAAUAAAUGAAUAAAUGGAAAUAAAAUAAUUUUAUAUAAAAUAUA